AUGGUAGUGCAACAACAUGUGCUCAACUGGCUCUACAGUGUCCUGACAAGUGAAUACCACGACGUCAACCGAACCUACAACGAUGUGGCCCAGGGGCUUUCGCAAUACCCGUCUCUGUCCCCCCGGACCGACGUCCACACUUUCCCCAACGGAAGUUCGGCACUGCUUGUGCAUCUCUCCGGUACCAUACCAGUGCUCUUCCGCGGCGCGACGUAUCGUUUCCCCGUCUCAAUAUGGGUGCCCCAUGCCUACCCUCGCGAGCCCCCGCUGGUGUACGUGACACCGACCGACACGAUGAUGGUCCGCCCGGGUCAACACGUUGACCCGCAGGGCCAAGUCUACCACCCUUAUCUUGUCGGAUGGUCGACUUUUUGGGAUAAGUCGACGAUUCUCGAUUUCCUUGCGAUCCUUCAAGACAUCUUCGCGAAGGAACCCCCUGUGGUCGCCCAGCAGCAAGCACCACCACCCCCACCCGCACAGCAGACACAGACACCACCUCCUGUCCCCCCUCUGCCCCCCGAUCUUGCCUCGCAGCCAGCGGCCCGGCCAUCAUCGUCCAGCGUAGAGGAUGCCAGACCCCCACCGCCACCGCCCAAACCCGGGCCGCAGCCGGCGCCAGCACAACAACGCUCUCCGGCUCCAGUUCAGCGAGCUCAACAAAGCGGAACCUCAGUUCCACCUCCCCCGCCGAAACUUGGUGGGCCUCCGGGCCGUCCACAGCCCGAUCGGAUGACACCACCACACCCGAAUGUCACUAGUGCAGGUCCGUCCCGGUAUGAGACAGCGCCGCCGCUACCACCACAAGCAGCAGCAGGACCCGUCCCGGGUACCGGGCAGGUGGUGCCACCCCCGGCACAGCAUCAUCCUCACCCGCAGCCUCCACAGUAUCAACAACCCCCACCAGGGCCGGCUUACCUUCCGGGACCGCAAGACCCCCGACACUCGGCGUUCCAGCCCAUUGAUCCCCGCGUCUCAACACCUGCACAUCACCGGCCAUUCGACACCAACACACCACCCCCGCCGACAUGGCAACACCAACACCGGCACCCUCCACCCCCUGUGCAGGCCCAGUUCCAGCCGCAGCCGCAGCCGCAACCGCAACCGAAGCCUCCCCCUCCAGACCUAAUGGACGACGACCUCACUCUCACGAUCCCCUCCCCAUCCACUGCCCCACCACCACCCAUCCCACCAAACCCAGAGAAAGACCACCUCCUCCACCAACUCGCCCAAACCCUCCACGCCCACCGCCAAAAAGCCCACGCUCAAAACAACGCCUCCCUCCAAGGCCUCCACGCCCAGCGCGCCGCCAUGCUCCAAGCCAUGACCAACCUCCAGGCCGAAUCCGCCCAACUCACCCAACUCACCGCCCUGCUCACCUCCAACAGCUCCAUCCUCCAAGACUCCCUCCGCCAAGCCGACAGCGUGAUCGAGAACUCCGCCGGCCACCCAGCCCCCGACAUCGACGAGCUCCUCGUCGCACCGACAGUAGUCGGGAAUCAACUGUACGAGCUCGUCGCCGAGGAACGUGCCCUGGCCGACGCGGUGUUUGUGCUGGGACGCGCGGUGGAGAGGGGCCGGAUUGCGCCGCAGACUUUUGCGCGCAUGACAAGAGGGUUGGCGAGGGAGUGGUAUUUGAAGAAGGCUUUGGUGAGGAAGAUUGGACGGGGGAUGGGAUUGGUGGAGGAAGGGUGGAGGGGGUAG